AUGCUCUACAAGGAAGCCUGUCGCUUGAUCUAUCGCUACGACAGCGAGCAAAUCUGGAUAGAGCCAUGGGGUGCAAAUGCCUUCCGAGUCCGUGCCACCAAGUUGGCGUCCAUGCCGCCUGAACUAUGGGCUUUGAAGAAACCGCCUCCGAUUGAACCACAGAUCUCCUGUCCUGGCACAGCAGAACCGGCAACUAUCACGAAUGGCAAGAUCACGGCUGAAAUUACAACCCGUGGCAAGAUCACAAUAAAAGAAACAGUAUCCGGUAAAAUACUGCUGGAGGAAUACAGCCGAAACCGAAGGGAUCUGUUUGACCCAAAAUGCAGCGCCAUUGAGGUCGAGGCCCGUGAAUUCAAGCCUAUCCUUGGCGGCGACUAUCACUUGACGAUGCGAUUCGAAAGCCUGGACGCGAAGGAGAAGAUCUACGGCAUGGGACAGUACCAGCAGCCACACCUAGAUCUCAAAGGGCUAGACCUUGAGCUCGCGCAUCGUAAUUCUCAGGCCAGUGUGCCGUUCGCCCUCUCCUCUCUAGGCUACGGCAUCCUAUGGAACAGUCCAGCGAUUGGCCGAGCGGUUCUGGGUAAAAACAUCACCAGCUUUGAAUCGUACUCAACAAAGGCGUUGGAUUACUGGGUGGUUGCGGGUGACACACCCGCUGAGAUCCAGCAAUCCAACGCCCGCGCGACCGGGUUGCCCCCGAUGAUGCCCGAGUACGGGCUCGGGUUUUGGCAAUGCAAGCUGCGAUACGAGACACAAGAUGAGCUUCUCGAGGUUGCCCGGGAACACAAGCGCCGGGGGCUGCCCCUCGACGUGAUAGUGGCGGACUUCUUUCACUGGCCAAUGCAAGGCGAAUGGAAAUUUGACACGGCUGCAUGGCCCGAUCCGGAGGCAAUGGUGGCCGAGCUUACAGAGUUGAAGGUUGAGCUCAUGGUCUCCAUCUGGCCGACUGUUGACAAGCGGUCGGAAAACUACGAAGAGAUGAUGGAGCUCGGACACCUGGUCCGAACGGAACGUGGUCUGAGAACCAACUUUUCCUUCGAAGGAGAGACUAUGUAUUACGACGCCACGAGCCCACAGGCUCGCCAGUAUCUUUGGAACAAGGCCAAAGAAAACUAUUAUUCCAAAGGAAUCAAGGUGUUUUGGCUGGAUCAGGCAGAACCAGAGUAUUCGGUCUAUGACUUUGACAAUUACCGCUAUCAUCUCGGCCCAAACUUGAGUGUCGGCAACAUCUACCCGCGUGAUUAUGCACGGACAUUCUAUGAAGGAAUGGAGAGCGAAGGUCAGAAGAAUAUCGUGAACCUUCUCCGGUGUGCGUGGGCAGGCAGUCAGCAAUACGGCACCCUCGUGUGGAGCGGCGACAUAGCGUCGAGUUGGAAAAGCUUCCGCAAUCAGCUUGCCGCCGGGCUGAACAUGGGCGUCGCGGGUCUUGCGUGGUGGACGACCGAUAUAGGGGGUUUCCAUGGCGGUAACCCAAAUGACGAGGGUUUCCGGGAGUUGUUUGUGCGUUGGUUCCAAUGGGGUGCGUUUUGCCCGGUGAUGCGUCUACAUGGAGACCGGGAACCCAGACAAAGCAGCUCCCUGGUUUUCCCCAGCGGUGGGCCAAACGAGGUCUGGGCAUAUGGGGAAACGGUAUAUGAGAUCUGCAAGAAGUACAUGUUGCUGCGCGAAGACAUGAGGGACUACGCUCGCAGAAUGAUGAGGGAAGCACAUGAGCACGGCACUCCUGUUAUGCGCACCUUGUUCUACGAGUUUCCCGACGAUGCAAAAUGCUGGGAGGUUGAGGAACAGUUCAUGUACGGUGACAGUUUUCUAUGUUGUCCGGUGUUUAAGCCUGGAGCACGCAAGAUAUCGGUGUAUUUGCCUGCCGGGGAAACCUGGGUGACACAGGAUGACUGUAAGACGGUCUUCCAGGGAGGCCAAACGGUUGAAGUAGACUGUCCUCUCUCCUGGAUGCCUGUCUUUGUCAGAGAUUCUCGUAUGGGCGUGGUUUUGCUGUGA